GUGGGAGGGGGAGAGAGAAGGAGGGAGCGCCGAGGGACAGAGGGGGAGGGCCCGGGAGCCGAGCGUGCCGCUCUCCCCGAGCCCGAGCCCGAGCCCGGGAGCGCCGAGCCCGGCUAGGGACUCCUCCUAUCCAUGGAGCAGGCGUCCACCAUGGCCGAGCCCCGGGGCCCUGUUGACCAUGGAGUCCAGAUUCGCUUCAUCACAGAGCCAGUGGGUGAGGCAGAGAUAGGCACCCUACGUCGUGGCGGGCGACGGCCAGCUAAGGAUGCAAGAGCCAAUACUUAUGGGGUUGCUGUCCGUGUGCAGGGCAUCGCCGGGCAGCCCUUUGUAGUGCUUAACAGUGGAGAGAAAGGCGGUGACUCCUUUGGAGUCCAGAUCAAAGGGGCCAACAACCAAGGGGCGCCAGGAGCUCUGAGCUCUGACUCAGAACUUGCCGAGAACCCCUACUCUCAGGCCAGGGAGUUGCCUGCCCCCUCGCAGGGCAGCACCUCAGAUGAGGAGCCCGGGGCCCACUGGAAUGGAAGACUACUCCGCUCCCAGUCCCAGGCCUCCCUGGCAGGCCCUGCCCUGAUAGGUCCAGACAACAGGAGCACCAGCAUGCUGGAGCUGGCCCCCCAGGGCACUUCCCUGGGCAACACCAUUGACACUGCCCCUCUGUCUUCGGUGGACUCACUCAUCAACAAGUUUGACAGUCACCACGGGGGCCAGAUCCGGGGCCGGACUGGCCGCCGCAUGCGGACGCUGCCCCCUGAACAGAGAAAGCGGAGCCAGAGCCUGGACAACCGGCUGCCACGAGACACCCUCCAGGAACGGGAGCGCCGGUCCCCCGAUCACUGGGUCCCUGGCACAAAGCAUGACCUGCGCGCAGGCAGCUCGAAACCGUCAGCCCAGAGCUCUCUGGGUGGCUUUAGCCGUGCCCGUCAGACCCAGGACUGGGUCCUGCAGAGUUUUGAGGAGCCACAGGGGAGGGUACAGGACCCUGCAGUGCUACAGUUCAAAUCAACUCCAGACCUUCUCCGAGACCAGCAGGAGGCCGCCCCACCAGGCAGUGUGGAUCACGUGAAGGCCACCAUCUAUGGCAUCCUGAGAGAGGGAAGCUCAGAAAGUGAAACCUCUGUGAGGAGGAAGGUCAGUUUGGUGCUGGAGCAGAUGCAGCCUCUGGUGAUGGCUUCUCCUGGUUCUGCUAAGGCAAGGCAGGCUGAACUCACCCAAAAAGUGGAGGAGCUACAGAAAAAGCUGGAUGAAGAGGUGAAGAAACGGCAGAAGCUAGGGCCGUCCCAGGUGGGGCUGGAACGGCAGCUGGAGGAGAAGGCGGAAGAGUGCAGCCGAUUGCAGGCGCUGCUGGAGAGGAGGAAGGGGGAGGCCCAGCAGGGCACCAAGGAGCUCCAGAACAUGAAGCUUCUCCUGGACCAGGGUGAAAGGGUACGGCAUGGGCUGGAGACCCAGGUGAUGGAGCUGCAGGACAAGCUGAAACAGGCCCAGGGUCCUGAAGCUGCUAAGGAGGUGCUAAUGAAGGACCUGGUAGAGACCCGGGAGCUUCUGGAGGAGGUCUUGGAGGGGAAACAGCGGGUGGAGGAGCAGCUGAGGCUGCGGGAGCGAGAGCUGACGGCCCUGAAGGGCGCCCUGAAGGAGGAGGUGGCCUCCCGGGACCAGGAGGUGGAGCACGUGAGGCAGCAGUGCCAGCGGGACACCGAGCAGCUUCGCCGGAGCAUGCAGGACGCAACCCAGGACCACGCAGCGUUAGAAGCCGAGAAGCAGAAGAUGUCAGCCCUGGUGCGGGGGCUGCAGAAGGAGCUGGAGGAGACCUCAGAGGAGACAGGGCAUUGGCAGAACAUGUUUCAGAAGAACAAGGAGGAGCUGAGAGCCACCAAGCAGCAACUCCUGCAGCUGCGUAUGGAGAAGGAGGAGAUGGAAGAGGAACUCGGGGAGAAGAUAGAGGCUUUGCAGAGGGAACUAGGGCAGGCCCGAACUGGUGCUGGAGAUACUCGCCAGGUGGAGGAGCUCAAGAAGGAGCUGCACCGGACACAGGAGGAACUUAAGGAGCUGCAGGAAGAGCAGCAGAGCCGGGAGGCGGCAGGGCGACACCGUGAGCGGGAGUUGGAGAAGCAGCUGAGGGUCGAGGCUGAACGAAGCCGGGGGCUGGAACAGCAGAACCUCCAGCUACAAAAGACCCUCCAGCAGCUGAGACAAGACUGUGAAGAGGCUUCCAAGGCUCAGAUGGCAGCAGAGACGGAAGCGGCAGUGCUGGGGCAGCGUCGAACAGCAGUGGAGACAACGCUUCGGGAGACCCAGGAAGAAAAUGACGAAUUCCGACGGCGCAUCCUGGGUCUGGAGCAGCAACUGAAGGAGGCACGAGGCUUGGCGGAGGGUGGGGAAGUGGCGGAGGCUCGACUUCGGGACAAGGUGCAGCGGCUAGAGGCAGAGAAACAGAGGCUAGAGGAGGCCUUGAAUGCAGCUCAGGAAGAGGAGGGGAGCCUGGCAGCAGCCAAGCGGGCACUGGAGGCACGGCUGGAGGAGGCCCAGCGGGGGCUGACCCGCCUGGGGCAGGAGCAGCAGGCGCUGAACCGGGCGCUGGAGGAGGAGGGGAAGCAGCGGGAGGCGCUCCGGCGCAGCAAGGCCGAGCUGGAGGAGCAGAAGCGCUUGUUGGACAGGACUGUGGACCGGCUGAACAAGGAGCUGGAGCAGAUUGGGGACGACUCAAAGCAAGCCCUGCAGCAGCUCCAGGCCCAGCUGGAGGAUUACAAGGAAAAGGCUCGGCGGGAGGUGGCAGAUGCCCAGCGCCAGGCCAAGGAGUGGGCCAGUGAAGCUGAGAAGACCUCUGGGGGGCUAAGCCGGCUUCAGGAUGAGACUCAGAGGCUGCGACAGGCCCUGCAGGCAUCCCAGGCUGAUCGGGACACAGCCCGGCUGGACAAAGAGCUACUGGUCCAGCGAUUGCAGGGGCUGGAACAAGAGGCAGAGAACAAAAAACGCUCUCAGGAUGACAAGAGUCGGCAACUCAAGAGCCUUGAGGAAAAAGUCUCACGGCUGGAGGCAGAGUUAGAUGAGGAGAAGAGCACGGUGGAGCUGCUGACCGACCGGAUGAAUCGUGGCCGAGAUCAGGUGGACCAGCUGAGGACAGAGCUCAUGCAAGAGAGGUCAGCCCGGCAGGACCUGGAGUGUGACAAAAUCUCCUUGGAGAGACAGAACAAGGACUUGAAGAGCCGGUUGGCCAGCUCAGAAGGCUUCCAGAAGCCCAGCGCCAGCCUCUCGCAGCUUGAGUCCCAGAAUCGGGAGUUGCAGGAGCGGCUGCAGGCAGAAGAGAGGGAGAAGACAGUUCUGCAGUCUACCAACCGAAAACUGGAGCGGAGAGUUAAAGAGCUGUCCAUCCAGAUUGAUGAUGAAAGGCAGCAUGUGAAUGACCAGAAAGACCAGCUAAGCCUGAGGGUGAAGGCUUUGAAGCGGCAAGUGGAUGAAGCCGAAGAGGAAAUUGAGCGACUGGACAGCCUGAGGAAGAAAGCCCAGCGUGAGCUGGAGGAGCAGCAUGAGGUCAAUGAACAGCUCCAGGCCCGGAUCAAAGCCCUGGAGAAGGACUCCUGGCGCAAAGCUUCCCGCUCAGCUGCUGAGUCAACCCUCCAGCACGAAGGACUGAGCUCAGAUGAGGAAUUUGACAGUGUCUACGAUCCUUCCUCCAUCGCCUCACUGCUUACAGAGAGCAACCUGCAGACCAGUUCUUGUUAGCUUGUGGUCCACAAGGGCCCAUAAACCACACUUGAGGCCUGGCCAGUUCUGCUCUGCUCUGCCCAGCUUCAGAUUCCUCAUCUCUGGCAGGGAUCCAGUUAUUAAAGACCUAAGAUGGGGAGGGGUUUGAGUGAUGGUGAUAAAAAAAUGCAUCUGCGCUAAACCAGUAGAGGGACUUUCCCCUUCCUCUGGGGGGAGUGGGCUCUUUAGGCCAACUGAGCCCCCUCCUUAAGUGCCGAUAACCCCCUCCUCUGCUCCCUCAUAGCAGCAGGCUGGUCAGGGGGGAUUGAGUAGAAUAGGAAGGGAUAGAAAU